AGUAAGUUGUUCAGUAACGCCAUCUGAGCUAUUUUCUCACCUUUUUUCCUCUCUUUCAGUAUCAUAUCAUUUAAAUGUGCCAUUUAAAAAAUGUGCCAUUUAAAUGGCACAUUUAAAUAGCUACUUGUAUUUGAAGAAAUUGGCGGCAAUUGCAGAUCGGCCAUUGUAUAUAAAUAAUGCUGAAAGAGAACGAAGAAUUGGCCUGCUUAUCUAAUCUAUUCAUGCCAAUUCCGUCUAAGGAACAUAACGAUGUCGAGACAAUGUUCUCGAAAACGGUGUUAUUGAUGCUAUUUGUUUUCGUAUUUACAUCGAAGGCCUGCAAAAUACGCACUCAUCAAAGCGGUGACGAGCAUGUUUAUACCACCGCAAUUCAUUAUAAUCCUCUGAAAGAUUCAAAUGUCACUGUCGAUCCUUAUUGUGACUGUAGCUCGUCCGGUUUUGGGGUGAUGCGGAUCCCGUAUAAUUGUGCUGCAAGCAUAUGUGGCAAGUUACACGUGGAUCUAUCGUCUGCGUGCGUUAGAUGCGGCAUGUGUACGGUUGUCGCCGAGGAGAUUAAUCAAACUCUGUUGGAGAUUCACAAUAUGAUGGCGCCUGAUGAUUGGUUGAAUGACACGGAAGCUGUGCUUCUUCUAAGAACUAUUUGCGAUAAUUCUUUUCAACAUUACGGUUUACGAGAAAUUGAUGGACAGCGAUUUAUCUCCGACCCAUUACCGGGCGAUAAGCUCGUCGUUUCGUCCGCCGAUGGAUUGUGGGAGAAAAACUUAAGAAAUAUGUGUCACGAGUAUCUUGAUGAAAUACAAGAGCUACGAUUGUAUAGAAAUUGGAGGAAAUGGUGCGAAGAUGACGAAUAUAUUCUUGAUCUAGAAAAUAUUCUUUGCAGAAACGAAAUUAGCAGUCUACGAGAUUGUAGAGGUAUAGAUAACAUACACAAGCGACAAGUGCCUACGAAAAUUGUCAGUACUCAUGUGAAGAUUUUAGCCAAAUAUAAUAAUUGUAGUUGACCAUACAUUUAUCAUGUAUUUUUGAUAUAUUAUUUAAAAAAUCAUUAUAUA